AAUUAAACAUUGACCUACUGUACUUCCCAACUUGCCUUGGCUUAUAAGCACUAUCUUCCCCCAUUCUCAAACUUUAUUUUCUUUCUCCUUCUCCUUCUCCUUCUCCUUUCUUUGUUCCCAACUUCAUCCAGACAGUACUUGAAUAUAUGUCCACAAACAGGGAGAUCACAACAUUGGAUGAGACAGGAAAGAAGAUCAGGAGAGAAAGUGAUGCAUCUGUUGAUGAUCAAAUGGGGAUCAUGAGCACUACUCGAAUUUCGUCAUCAUCGUCAUCAUCGUUUGGUGUUCCUCAUCAAGGGAUGAUGAUGAUGAGUACAACAACUUUGAACACAAUCACACCUUGUGCUGCAUGUAAGCUCUUGAGAAGAAGAUGUACUGAAGAGUGCCCUUUCUCUCCCUACUUCUCCCCGCAUGAACCCCAGAAGUUUUCAGCCGUCCACAAAGUCUUUGGUGCAAGCAAUGUUUCCAAGAUGCUAAUGGAGGUGGCUGAGAAUCAAAGAGCUGAUGCAGCCAAUAGUUUAGUUUAUGAGGCAACUCUGAGGCUGAGAGACCCAGUGUCUGGGUGCAUGGGUGUAAUUUUAGCCUUGCACCAACAAGUUCAAUCUCUACAAGCUGAACUCAAUGCAGUAAGGACUGAAAUAUUGAGAUACAAAUACAAAGAGGCCACUAGUCGCAGUGUCGUUUCUCCUAGGGGUAUUAUUCACCAUUCUGCUUUGGUUUCUAAUUCUGGGAUGGUGUCCAUUGCUGCGCAACCACAAGCGAUUUCACCACCGCUGCCCCCGCCACUGCCACCAGCAUCAGCUCCGUCUUCAGUUGUCUUUUCUUCGUCAUCUUCAUCUUCAGCUUCUACUGUAUACAAUCCCAUGUCAAGCGAAAAUAUUCCAUAUUUCGAUUGAAGCAAUAUAUAGUGUUACUGCUAAUCAAUUAGCCCCUUUCUGUCUGUUUGAUUUCUAUUGCUUUGUAGGAAUUAUCAUGUUUAAUAGAUCAGUAGAAAUUUUGCUUUAUCCCUUUCUUUA